AUGAUGUCGACAUCUCCUUCCUUGACUUCGCAAUCCUUGCGUUCUCAAAGCUCCUUGAGCAUUGAUGUUCAAUCUUGCGAACAGGCCCGAAUUUCGCAUGAACAAGCCUUUGAAUUGUCCAAAAGACCAGACCUGUCGUUGAAAUACCCACACAUAUCCCCAUCAAGUGUCAAGCGAGGUAAAAUCUUGGGACAAGGAGGCUUUGCUAAGGUAUAUGAAAUCUCUGGGUUGGAAAUCCACAAUGAUUUCAAUCCUGCCUCGAUCGAGCAAAGCUGCAGCUCUGCAAUAUGCGAAUCCAAGAUCUGCUCAUUAGGAUCUAUCAGUUGUGGUCCUGAGGAUCAAAGCACAAGUUAUGCACUGAAGACUCUCAUUACCGAUCCUGGAGGUGAGAUCAAUUGUCAAGCUCUCAGCGACUUGGUAACCGAGGCCCGGAUUCUAGCCGAGGUAAAGCACUCUAACAUUGUCAAGCUUCGGGCGGUUGCGAGUGGCGAUAGAUUCCAUAAAGAUUUCUUCAUUGUCGUCGAGAAACUUUUCGAUCCGUUGGAUAUACGCAUUGACCAGUGGCGACAGCAAGACACACGAUUGAAGGGUUUGUCAGGUCGGGUGCGCGACUGGACUGGAAAGAAACGAGCUGAUCUCUUUCUUGACCGCCUCGUAGCAGGGUAUCAAUUGGGAUCCGCGUUGGAACAUCUUCAUAGAAAUCGCUUUGUCUACCGCGACUUGAAGCUAGAAAAUGCUGCAUUCGAUAUGCAUGGGGAACUGAAACUGUUUGAUUUUGGACUGGCAAAGGAGCUUCCCGACGAAUGCCCAAGCCGAGAUGGCCUACACAAAUUGACGGGAAAGACGGGAACCCUGCGAUACCAAGCACCAGAAGUAGCACUUGGGCUCCCGUACAAUGAAUCUUGUGACGUCUACUCCUUUUCCAUUCUACUCUGGGAAAUCUUGAUCAUGAAACGAGCAUUCAAAGAUUACACUUCAGAACACAUCAUGACGAUGGUCUUGGAAAAGCCGUACAAGCGCCCACCAAAAAGCACAAAGUGGAAUGCUGCUCUCAGAGAGAACAUGCAUCAUGCCUGGUCUCCAGUUAUCCGUCAAAGACCUAGUAUGAGUGCUAUGGUCAACAUGCUAGAGGAUGAGUGUACCAAGUGUCCCGGAUACAAUGAGAAACUUGGACUAUGUGGCAGUCCUCGUUCCGACUGCACCUAUGCCGAUCCAACAAAACAUCUCUGCUGCAAGAAUCAGAAGCUUCGGCGCUCAAAUACCGAGCAGUCAAGCUUGUUUUCCGAUUAG